CGUAAUGGAGAGUCUCUCUCUCUCCUACUUCUCUCUCUAAACUUUCUCUCUCUAAACUUUCUCGCUCUCUGAACUCUCCCCCUUUAUCUCUUCCUUUUUCUGAUCCCUGUGUAGAACACGUGCAUUUAAAUACAGUCUCCCUCUUUCUCUCUCUUCCCUUCUGGCUCUCUCUCUCUUCUCUUCUGGGGAUAACACACCCAAGUGUAUUCAAGCAUCUCGACCAUCACGCAUUUCUUACACCUUCUCUUUCUCUCUCUAAAAGAGCGGAGCAUAUUCAAGCAACCUUCAUCCCCCACGCAAUACAAGUUUUAUGCAAACCGUUCUCUUUCCAGAAUCAAACCACCCAUUCCUCAAGCAUUCGUAUCUCUUUCUCUCUCUAGGGUGCCAAGCAAAACAGGGAGAAGAAAGCAGGAAAAAGGGGAGAGAGAGAGAAGGCAAAAGGGGGAAACGUAUUUCUCGUGACAAAGAGCUAGAAGAAGCGAGGAAGGGAAGAGGCGGUACCGGUGAAAAGAGAGAGAGAGAGAGAUAGGUGUUAGAGUUAUGACCAGCGGUGGCGGAGGUGGUGGCGGUGGAGGCGGCGGCGGUGUUGGUGGAAGGCUUCCCACUUGGAAAGAGAGAGAGAAUAAUAAGAGGAGAGAGAGGAGGAGGAGAGCUAUAGCAGCUAAGAUAUAUGCAGGGCUGAGAGCUUCGGGGAACUAUAAGCUUCCCAAGCACUGUGAUAAUAAUGAAGUUCUUAAGGCCCUUUGCAGAGAGGCUGGGUGGACUGUGGAAGAGGAUGGCACAACUUACAGAAAGGGGUACAAGCCACCACCUCCUAUGGACACAGGAGCAGCCUCCACAACUAUAACCCCCUCCUCCUCCUACCACCCCAGCCCCCAAUCCUCCUCCUUCCCCUCCCCUUCUCACCCCUCCUCCCACUAUGACUCCUCUCUCCACCCUCACUUUCUCUCUCUACCCCCUCUCCGAAUUUCCAACAGUGCUCCUGUCACCCCACCUCUCACUUCCCCUAAACCCCACCACCCUCACCACCCCAAUGCCUCUUUCUUUGCUUCCGCACCUUCAAGCCCAACUCGCCGAACCUCUUUCUAUCCCAUCCCCGAAUGCCUGGACGAGUCUUUCUCAGAUGCCUCAACCCCUCGCCCUUUCCCCCCAUCUCCCACUUUCACCCUUGUUUGCCCCUCCGCCCCUUCGAGAAUUCUCUCUCACGCUGGCAUUCUCUCUCCUAAUGGGUUUCUCUCACCUAAUGGAAUGUUCUCUCCCAAUGGGAUUCUCUCACCGAAUGGGUUACUCUCUCCAAAUGGAAUGCUCUCUCCUAAUGGGAUUCUCUCUCCUCCAAAUGGGGUUCUCUCUCCUAAUGGCAUGCUCUCCCCUCCUGUUGUUCCAAGGAAAGAGAAUGAUGGGGAGUUCGAGUUUGAGUGUGUUAAGGUGAAGCCAUGGGAGGGGGAGCGGAUCCAUGAAGAGUGUGCAGAGAUGAUUGGGGGAGAGGACUUGGAGCUGAGACUGGGAACCAGCUCUGCAAAUUAAGAGAGAGAGAGAGGCAUUCAGGAGAGAGAAACUUCAGAUGCUUGGAAGGAAGUGAGUCUUUCAGAGGUAGAAAGAGAGAGAGAGUUCAGGUUGGCUCUAACUCGAGGAGCUCUGUUUUUAUUCUGUGGUAGGACUGUUGAUUCUUUCUUCUGUCUCUUUUUUCUUUUGAUUAGAAGAAGCCUUUCUAGAUAUUGAAAUCAGGGGAAGUUUUCCAGCCAGAGUUGGCCAUGGCCAUUGCUCGAUAUUGAAUUCAGGGAAAGCUUUUCAGCCAGAGUAGGGCAUGGCCAUUGCUCUUGGGGCAGGAUGGUUUCUUGUUUCUCUCUACAGUUGUAAAUUAUUCUAGGACCCACCCAGGGUGUCAACCUUGUGUAUCACUUUCACCCUUGCUGAGGUCAGGGAUUUUCUUUUUUCUUUCUCUUUCUCUGUCUAGGUGCAUUCUUCCUGAUUGUUAUCACAUGAUAAUUGUAAUUGUUCAUCUGUUAAAGUGACAAUGGAGGACUUUUGAAUCUCAUGAAGUGGCUCAAAUUGACCGAUUGUUUCA